UGCACUUUCAGAUCACCUUUGCGACACCACACCGCCCGUUCCACUCACCAUCAUCCAUCACUAUGGCUGCUGUAUUACACGGUCCUACAAUACCUACCCACCCUUCGCCAUUUCAGAAUACCCAGAGUGUUUCUCAUUUGCGAAUGGGCUAUCAUCCUGAACCAUCGGCACCACCUAAUAAGCCUCAGUCCACUCAACCCAUGACAAGACAUUCUGACCCAUUCUAUGGUCAUGAGCAGGUUUCCCAGUUAUUUGACCGCUUCAUUAUGCAUCUGUUUGCUUGUCCAGAGUACCCCCCUUCAUCUUCCGUAACCUUCACUGCCCUCGUCCUCCUUCAGCAACUCAAAGUUAUCUGUGAUGACACUUACUCCAACAAAUCCUGGAGUAUUGUAGCCCCACAAACCCUCCACCUACCACAAAUCCCUUCCCGCCUCCUCCAGCCACUUUGGCCCCCACACCUUCGCCUUCAUAUGGCCAUCACCCCCAACACCACCGGGUAUGGAGGAUUGUAUGGCACACAUUGUCUCAGCUCCAUCAUCUCCAGGUAUACCAAAACACGAGCCUGUGCCAGUACCACCACCAUCGAAGCACAAUUUGCAGGUCUUGCCGACAAUGCUAUUACUCAACACCUUUGCCAUGAAUCAGCUCCUCUGAGAACGCAACUGCCACACAGGGCUAUCAUUCACAAUGUAAUUUUCCUCGUGUUUUCUUUCCUCGUGUUUGGUCCAAGUUGCACAGCCAAGAUUGACUAUAAAUUGUGGUGGCAUCCCAUUGUGCACCAUGACUCGGAGUCUGAGUUAGAGUAUGAUGAUGCAUCUGAAUCAGAUGUACUGUCAUCUUAUGUGGCAGGGACCACAUCAAUUACCACUCAGUCAUUGGCUUCUUUGCAGGGUGGAGACAUGGAGAUCAUUUGGUGCCUGCAACUCGAAAACCAGUCUCUCAAGAAUAAUAAUUGGAUGCUGGGCGAGAAAAACAAAGUCUUGGCGUCCAAUCAACAUAGAUGUUCGAGUGCGCAAGUUCCUGACGAGCUGAAGGCCUUUGACAUCGAGCUCUCAACCUUUGCUUGCAAAUAUGGUAUUAUUGCUGAGAUGUUCCCACCUGAGCAUCACAUUCUCAGAUUGCCAGUGCCAAACCCUCCGCCCGUCAUCAUAUCCCCUAGUCAUUACUCAACCAAGGGUGCCAAAGAACUUUGCCUUGUGACAGAGUUGUAUUCGCUUCUACCAGAUCACCUCCAUCAUUUCAUACCAACUUCUCAUUUUCAAUCAUUGCUAGAGCAGCAUCUCGAAGGUGAACACUCCAGUGAGAUCGGCAAACUACGCUUGAUGGCAGGGCACAUCUUUGGUCUGGAUUCGUCCUACUUUGACCUGAGUUUCAUGAAGCAGGAUACCAUCCCUGAGAUCCAGAAGAUGCUUGGAUCAGGCACUGCUGGUGGCCGCUCUUUGCCAUCAAAGUUUCCGCCCAUCCUUUUCACAAAUCAAGAGAUGGACCCCACAAUGUCCACAGUUUUUGGUAACUGGGAACAACUCAUGAAGGCGAUUAGGAUCAUGAUGUUCAGAAAGAAUUCACUAGUAGAUGUUUCUGGCUGGCCACGCACUAAGUGCAAUGCUCGAAAAUGGGGCACAAUGUCCUGUACUCCUGGCCUUCUUGCAUGGGGUUGGGUCGCAUUAAUCUUCAUCCUUUCUUCCGACACUUUAUUCAGGAAAGCUGGAGUUGGUGCGAAGUCUCAGCUACCAUAUGCUGCCAUGUUUAUGGCCUACAAGCAGCUAUUGAUGCCUACAUCUGGCAAUCAUCCUCAACUUCCAAUAUCACAACAUCUGACACUGAAGGUUUUUACCUCUGAUCUGAUGUGUUUGGCCAUCACAAAUGCGGGGCAUAAGGAAUCCGACGACUUUCCUGGACCAAUGACUACCAAUGACAACCCUGUCAAUGACAUUCCUGGACCGGCCAUGCCUACUACACCUAUGAUCGCUCCUUCAGCACCGGUCAUUGUCCCUUUAGCACCAGCCAUUGUGGUGCUUGUCCCUGCAAAUGCUACCACCACUCUCAAUCCUGCAACCCUCUUGCCGGCUAUUCCAGCCCCUGGACCACCUGUGGCAUCUGAAUUUGCAGGUGCGGCUGCUGCCACUGCAGCCUAUGAAGACUCUGUACCUUCAGUGAUGGCUGUUGAUUCAGAGGUUCCUGGAGUACCUGGUGAUGUACCAGUGGUAGUGACAGCCCCAUCUUCUGGUUGUCGGGGCCGAGGAAGGAAGGCAGGGAUGCUGGCACCUGUAUCUAGUGGACCAGCGAGUGAGCAGGCUGCAGGCCGACUAAAGCGAACUCAGAAGAAGUAG